CCGAGUUGACUGUUGGAGCUCGCCAGGGGCAAAAGUGGGGAGACGAGAUUGCGUGUCUGUCUAUGGGGGAGUCGCAGAAAAAGGGAGCCCCCUUUUUAUCCUAGGGGCCCUCCCUCUGCUCUUUCCAUCAUCCCCCCCAACUGUGGAAUGUAUUGCAGAUGUCGAUCUCCGGUGAGCAAGCGGGGUGGACCAGCAGACUGGAGACAAGGGUUCGCCUUCCCAGACUGGGCCUACAAGCCAGAGUCGAGUCCUGGCUCACGGCAGAUCCAGCUGUGGCAUUUUAUCCUGGAGCUGCUGCGCAAAGAGGAGUACCAUGAUGUCAUUGCCUGGCAGGGGGACUAUGGCGAGUUUGUCAUCAAGGAUCCGGAUGAGGUGGCCCGGCUCUGGGGAGUGCGGAAAUGUAAGCCCCAGAUGAACUACGACAAACUGAGCAGGGCCUUGAGGUACUACUACAACAAGCGGAUCCUACACAAGACCAAGGGCAAACGUUUCACCUACAAGUUCAACUUCAACAAGUUGGUGCUGGUCAACUAUCCUUUCAUUGACAUGGGCAUGGCAGGUGGGGCAGUGCCCCAGAGUGCCCCUCCAGUGCCCUCAGGGGGCUCCCACUUUCGCUUCCCACCAUCAACGCCGUCCGAUGUGCUGUCGCCUGCUGAGGAUCUGCGUUCCCCUGGUGUGUUCUCGGCGGUGGCCCGGCGCUUGGCUCGUGGCUCUGUCAGCGACUGCAGUGAUGGCACGUCGGCCAACUCGGAAGUGGAGGAAUCCUUGGCUGAGGAGCAGAGGCGUGGUGGUGGGGAGGCGGGGGGCUUUCGUGGGCCCCCAGUGCCUGGCCACGCCCGCUUGACCCAUGAUGGGCUCUUCAGGGUUUAUCCUCGCCCUCGGGUUCCUGAGCCCCUCAGCCCUUUCCCUGUGUCGCCCAUGGCCGGACCCGCUGCCCUCCUGCCCCCUCAGUUGUCCCCAGCCCUCCCCCUCACUCCCACACACAUGAACUACACUCCUUCACCCACCCUCAGCCCUAUGUACCCAAGCGGCUCUCACUUCUCCUUCAACCCUGAGGACAUGAAGCGCUACCUCCAGGCCCACACCCAGAGUGUGUAUAACUACCACCUGAGCCCCAGGGCCUUCCUACACUACCCCAACAUUGUUAUCCCGCAGCCCCAGCGCCUUGAGAAGCCGCCUCUGCCGCCCCCCCCACCCCCUCAGGCUGAGGAACCCCCAACCCCCUUCAAGUUCAAGCUGCAGCCACCGCCGUUGGGGCGCCGUAACCGUGACAAGCAGCAGGCCCCAGCUCUGCCCCCAGGAGAAUCCAGCAGCGGCAUUUCCUCCUCAUCUUCUUCCUCCUCCGCCUCUACAUCUGGAACGGAGCCGGCUCUGCUCCCCCAGAUCAAGGUGGAACCCAUCUCAGAGGGCGAGUCGGAGGAAGACCUCACUGUCGAGGUCACAGACAUCAGUGAAGACGACGACGAGGAGGUCUUCAAAGCCCCUCCAGUGCCUCCAGAAAAGGCAGAGGAGGGUGGGAUUCGGGUGGUGGCGCCCCCUGUUGCCCGAGCUGGGGAGAGUGGCAAAUGCAUCCCCCUCAAGCUGCGUUUCAAACGCCGCUGGAGUGAGGACCAGCGACUGGAAGCUGGCAUGGGGGCCGAAGAAACGGACGACAAGAAGGUGAAGGGGGAAGACGACGCUGGCAGUCGUGGGGAGGGAGUGGGAGGCCGGCGGAUCAGCACAGAGCUCCAGCGGGCCACUGCUGAACUCACCCUUGAGAACCGAGACUCCUAGAGCUGGGAUGCGCAGCCCCCUUCCCUUCCUGGGACAUACGGACAAAUGAACGGGGGGGGGAGCCCGAGGGGGCUGUUUAUGCUGCCUUAACUCAGAGAUUAUCUUUUUACCUUUUGUCAGUUUUCCUUCCCUGUUUAUCCUGAAACUCUGUAAAUUUUAUUAUUAUUUCUUAUCUGGAAUCCAGGAAAAAAAUAGUGGGUGGGGGAAAAUAUUGAACAGUUUUUACAUGUCUAUAUAUAUAUAUAUAUAUAUAUAAACUCUUCGUGGGGGUGGGGGGGAAUUUCUAAAAACUAAUAUCCUGGGACAACUUUUGAGGGUUCUCUUACUCCUGUUCAACCCCUCUCCCUCAGUUCUUUUAAGGUAUAGAGCCCAAGGCCUUUUUUAAAUUAAAGGGGGGGGGAGAAACCCAUAGGAAUGAGUAGGGUUUUACUAUUUUUUAAAAAAACAACAACCCCAAAUCUCAUUGUUUUGCCUUCACAGGGGCUUCUAGGGGUGGUCUUAUCAAAGCCGCCACCUCAAUAGCAUCCUUUUUCCCUGCCCUGCAAUUGGCUUAAGCACAAUACACUUUUUAAACCUCCAGUGGAUUGAGAAGAGAAUUAGCCAUAUUUAUCACAUCUCACUUCAUUUCAAUAGCACCCUAACAAGGGUGGGGGGGUUAGGGGUAAGGUCCCCUUCUAACACACCUUCCAUAGAAGUGGCACACCUCUUUAAAAUGCACCCACCUGACCAUGUUCCCUCUUGCCCCCGCCCCCCAACCUGCCUAGGGAACCGGGUGGAAAGUGUUGCACUGCCCUGACUGUCCUUCCUGGGCAGCCCCUUUUCCUUCGCCCCUCCCCCUGUGAAUAGUAAGUUGCUGUAUUUGUGAUCAAGAAUCGUCACAGUAGAAGACGAAUAAUCUCCACCACCUCCCCUGUCCUCCAAAGAAACUCCUUCAUAAUACAUUGCUUUAUGUAACCAAAAAAAAAGUGGGCUUGGACAUCAUGUGGUUCCAUCCCCUCAUCGGUCUGUCCCACUAUGGGGUUGGGGAGGGAGGUGGGUGGGAUUUGAAAGGGUUCUUAAGUGCCUGUUGAGGUCCUGUGUCCAAGGGAACAUAACCAGGGAGUGGGCACUUCUCUCCAUACCUUUCCAUACUGUUGCUGUCCCAUGAAACUCAUCCCUUCCUCUUCCUGACUCUCCCCCCAAAGAAAUUAAGGCACUGUUUUGCCGCCUUGCUGAAUAAAUCCCUUCCCUCCCAGAGAGAGUCAGGAACCACCCACUUGCCCCUUCUAUUGAAGGGGGAGGACAGUGUUGGGGGGAGUUGUUAUCGGAGGGUGUCAGUGCCUUGGAAAAACAAAGCAGGGAUUCCCCCUUCCUGACGCACACCCAUGUACCUCCCAAUUAUGCCCCCAAGCCCUUACAGGCAUAUCUGCCUUUGUUUGCAGCUGCCUCCAUUUGAGCAGGAAAAGGACUUUUUUUUUCCAGUUCCCACAGGAGAGAGAGGUUGGCUUUUUUUUUUUUUUUGCGUCCAGGCCAAAAAAACAAACACCCUAAAACGGGUUUUGGAAGGGUGUGGUUAAGCUUGAAGGCAAGAUCCAGAACUGAACCUGCUGUUUGUGGGGUGACCAUAAUGUGGCAUCUUGCUUGAGGGUUUUUUAAUGCAGCCUUAUUCAAAUUCUUGUACAUAUCAAGGAAAUGGGGGUGUCUCAUUUUAAGAAUGUAAAAAAAAAAAACCAAUAAAAGGGUUUUGAGAUUUCAUAA